AUGUCGGUUAUGCCACCCACGCCUGCGGGCAAUUCGACGACGACACUCUGGGCGACAGCCUCCAAGGAGUGGGUUAUACCGCCAAAGCCCAAGCCUGGUCGAAAGCCUAAGAAAGACGCUUCACAAGCAGUUGCAUCUGCACCGUCUCCCGUCGACGCGCCAUCCCCGAGCUCUUCUGUGGACCCGGCCGGUCGUCGCGUGCAGAACAGAGCUGCACAGCGCGCAUUUCGCGAGCGCAAGCAGUCUCAACUCGCUGAGCUGCAGGAGCGCAUCAAGCAAUACGAGCAAGGCGAGAUCGAGCGCAAUGUGGCCUUGCAGCAGAUCUCCAAGCGCGUCAAGGACGAGAACGACGCGCUGAUCGCCGAGAACAGGGAGCUGAAAGACAGGAUUGCUCAACUUGAACGGGAGCGAGAUGCGGCACUUGCCGCGAAGGCCGCCGCACUCAAGGACGCUGAGCUCAAGCGUUCUCGUUCACGCUCCCCGGACCGUUCUGAGGCUCCUGCACGCAAGAGGAAGCGUACGACGGCGAAGGAUUCCGCGCCUGCAAGUACAGUGUCCAAUCCUGCUUUGACUCUUUCUCUCUACGAUCCGCCUUCACUCGUCCACUCUCCAAGCGUCUCGAAUCUGUCCGAGCAGGAUACGUCUCCGGCGCCCGAUCCUAUUCCCCAACAGGAUGCUAUCUACGUGGACACUAUGAAUCUCGACUUCGACUUCUCGCUCUCUGCUUCGUCUUCGCGCCCGUCUGUCUACGAGAACGCAGUCCCGAUGGACACCUUCGAUUGUGGAUUCUGCUCUGACAACACUCCAUGCGUGUGCAGGGAGAUUGCCAUGCAAUCCCACGCUCCCUCAGGUCCCACAUUCAAGGUGGAGGCUGUGGAACCGUCACUGCAGACCAUCUCGUUGGAUCCCGCACCCUCAGACGAGCCCAGUAUCCUUGACAACCUGCCCGCCUUCCAACCAGCGGUCCCUCUCCGGCGCCGUUCCGAUAAGGCGCCUGCCAAGUCCCUCUUUCCUGUCGUCCCGGCCACCAGUGGCGACUGUGGGAGCGGGCGCGGGGCUGUAGGCGAUGCCUGCUCAGGAGACCCCUCUAACUGUCCCGCCUGCGCUGACGACGCCUUCGGCCGUGCUUUUUGCACUGCGGUUGGCGAAGCCGUCGCGUCGCAGGGCCCAUGCGCUGAUUGCCCCAGCCGGACGGCGGGACCUUCCCAGUCAGCGGCAGACGCCGGUGUCCGGCUCUGUUGCGGCAACCCGGCUUUGUGUGGGGGCGGCGCCUGCGCACCGCCGACCAAUUCGACGUCCGUCACCUUCGGGAACACGGAGGAGACGAUGCCGACGAGCGAGGCGUGGCGACAAAUCAAGUCGCAUCCCAAUGUUGAGUUCGCCGAUCUCAGGCUGCUUGCGGAUGUUGUUGCUCGUCGGUCCAAGUGCUCUGGUCCUACAGUGGUCAUCGAGCCUGCGCUGGGUUCCAUCACACCAGAGCGUAGCAAUACACCAGCGGCAGGCGUUCCACAAAGUUCCGACGCCAUCUUGCUCUCCGACCCUCAUGCACUCUUCAAGCAGCGGCAGGAGCGCGGACUGGUCAGUGGUUCGCCCCCUCCCCGGCUUGUGCCACACGACGAGUUGGUAGCAUGCGCUCAGCGCCGCGCGCCACGGCAGGUUCAGGCCGCCGGCGUUCGCGAGGCGCUAGAGAUGUUGGAUGCGCAGUUCGCUCAGACGUGA